ACAGCUGACAGAACAGGACGUAGAUGAAGUUGAAACGUGAUGUGAUGUUUGGUUGAUUAUUCUCACAAAAUUAAUUACUGUCACAGCCGGAUUUGCAGUUUUUUUUAAACAUUCCUUGAUGUUAAUUAUUGUUUUGGUUACUAAUGUUCAAUAGUAUAAAUUUUAUUAAAGAAUGGUAGCAGGGAAGAACUGCAGUUUUCAAUAAAACUUUUGUUUUUGUAUACCAGUGUGUGUUUAAAAUGAGUGAACUAGAAACAGUAGGUGGUUUGGAUAACCAAACUAAAACUAAUAACGAAGUAUGCAUUAGUUAUAAUGAUAUUGCCAAUAAACUUUUAAAAGAUAGAUUUUUAUUAACAGCAUUAGAAUUCCAUUCGGAGCUAGUAGAAUGUGGCAAAGAAAUUCCUAAAUUAAAGGAAUUCUUUUCAAAUCCAGGAAAUUUUGAAAAUCAGUUUUCAAAACCUGACUAUUGUGCAAUGCCACGCUCAUCCAGCCAAGCCACCCUGGACUCGUUGGAUAUGACGAGGUUCUCAGAAGACGGAGAACGUGGCGUGGACGAGCGAGUUGCGGUUCUCGAGUUUGAGCUGCGGAAGGCCAAGGAGACGAUCAGUGCCCUACGAGCGAACCUUACAGUUGCCACAGAAUGUGACACACCGAUGAGUGAGCAUCCAGCGAGUAUUCAGUGCGAGCCGAUCAAGCCUCACGAGCAGCGAGCGCUCAACUUCCUCAUCAACGAGUAUCUUCUUCUUCAUAACUAUAAGCUAACCUCUAUCACAUUCGCAGAUGAGAACGAAAAUCAGGAUUUUGAGGACUGGGACGAUGUAGGACUGAACAUCCCUAAGCCAGCCGAGCUGCUGCAGCUGUACAGGGACGCGAUGAGACAGCCGGGACACGGCGCGCCCAUGCGCGACUGUGGGAGUCAGGUCACGCUGGCGACAGACGAGGAACUGGCACUGAAGCAGCAGGUUAUGUCUCUGACAGUGGAGUUAGAGGAAGUCAGAACUCAGUUGGUAAACCUGGAGAGAGAAAAGGCUGAACUUACUGCUAACAUUGAGAGGCUGUCGACAGUGGAAACGGUGCCGACACACUACGCGACAGAGACAGUGUCAGUACGCAGCGCGACACCGGAACACUUCGAGAUGAUAGACGCAGCGGCGCGACACGGCUCGGAGAGUGGGAGUGGGAUGGAGCGUCUCUGCGAUGACAACGACACCUCCAGUCUCAAUGACACCGAGUGGACGCGUGUUAAUGCGUGCAUCGACUCGGAGACCGGUAGCGCACUGGGUCACUAUCCUGAAGGCUCUGGUCGGCCUGGAGAUAUAGAAGGCGGAUGUGAGGAGAGAGAGGAGCCUGCAGGAGCGGAGGAUCCCCUCCCCCUGGAUCUGCUGUCCCCCUCCGUCACUGCCAACAGAUCCCUGCCACCUGAGUUCCAGCGAGAAGUGGUCUGUCGAUGUUUUGUCAACACAGCCCGGGUGGGGGAGACACCACUGCUACACGAGUUGCUACACGAGGGGAUCAGUCUGGCAAGGUUAACUCAUGUGGUGGCACUCACUCUUCCAAGAAUCAUACCAAAUGUUCUUAUCAACAAACGAGAGGAACUGAUACCUCUAUUGGUCUGUACAAUUCACCUACACCAAGACUCUGCUCAGAGGGAUACUCUGCUGCAGUGGCUGUUCAAUCUCAAGAAAAGACCGCAAGAAGAAGAGAGAAGAUGUAUCCUAGCAGGUAUGGUCAGCCUCGCUCGAGCCAGCAGCCAGACCGUUAUCGAGUCUGAACUACUGCCUCACUGCUGGGAACAGAUGAGCCACAAACACACGGAGAGGAGACUGCUGGUUGCCGAGGCCUGUAGUGCACUGGCUCCAUACAUAUCGGCAGGUCUGCGUAACUCCUUAUUGCUGUCCAUACUGCAACAGCUACUGGGGGAGGACAGGGAGGAAACUGUUCGUGUGUCCUGCGUCCGCAGUCUCGCCCUUAUAGUGGCAGUGAUGGCUGACACCGACAAGUAUACUCAGUGUGAGGAGUUGACACUUAUUGCUCUCCAAGACAGUGCGACUGCGGUGGCGGACUCUGCAGUUCACAUCCUGCUGCCUAUCCUCGCCCAGUGGUCGCUGACUCUUCACUACCUACAGGAUAAGUUGCUCACCAGGCUGCUGUCAUCGCUUCACGCUGCUCUCAAGCGCAGUGGAGGUGGAGCUAGUGUGCUGCUGCUGUCAGCCGUACGAUCGCUCCUACCGUACCUGGUGAUGAGUGUGGCCGCUGUGGAAACGGUCACCAGUAGAAUACUGCCAGGACUACCCCUAGCUGAGCCACGUUCAGGUUUUGCGGACUUGUGUCAAGGUCUAGCCAAUCCUGCAAUAUUCUACAACGGAGAGUUCACGGUGGGCUCGGUGAUGAGUGCCUUUGACGUUGUUGUAAGAGAAACUCGGUGGUCGGAACUUGACUGGGUUCUCAAUACAAUGAUACCAAAAUUGUUGGACAGUUUAGACCUAGUGGACGUAACUAAUGAAGAUUUACUGAAUGGUUUCAUCGCAUUCUUCAAAUCUCUCACGGCUGGUUUCGGAAAGACUGUCACUGUCAAUAUGAUCAAGCCUAUAUUCUCAGAAAGGCUGAACAUUCUGGAGUCAAGAUUAGUCAAUUUGGACAAGGACUGGCCUAACCUCUCACUUAUACCUGUGUAUCUUCUGGCAGUGGUCGCUCCCGUACAGAGUGAGGUGGGAGAAGUUGGCAACACUGUCCAGAGAUUCCUGUUGUCCCUGGCGUUGUGUGGCGCCCCUGUAGACUGUCUGCAGGUCAGCGUUUCUCAGCUGUCCAAAGUUCCAGCUUUACACGAAACCCUCAUGACCGCACUGUGGGAAGGAGUGGUACACCCUCGGCCCUCCGUGCGAGCAGUAACAGCCACCAUGUUUGGACACGCCAUACGCUGUGUAGGAGAGUCCAUGACUACCAACCGCAUCGUCCCUGCUCUCAUCACAUUAGCAAGUGAUCCUGACAUUACCGUGAAAACUGCAACCAUUCCAGUCUUUGGGACUUUGAUAGAAUAUUCAACAAAUAAAGAGGUAGAGGAUAAAACGUACUUUCAACUGCAAUCACUUCUCAGUGACCCAACGGCCCGAGACAGUCACCCGGCACUGCUACAGCUGGUGGCAACACUGGGUCGCAUCGUGUCCCGGUGUGACAGUUGGUUCCGAGACGAUGUUGUGGUACCGCAGCUGGCAGCUACGGCCGCAUACACGCUACAGCUAACCAACCAGAGCCGGCGGUUGGACCUAGCGUUAGCACUGGUGCAAGCCUUCAACAACGCAGUCUACUGCUCGCUCUCCAAGAGUACCAUCACGACAGCUCUCAUACCUGGUCUCAGGUACCUAGAGCAGGUGUGCAGUCAGUCGCUGACCAGUCAUCACGAGACAGUACUCAGCAUGAUACAGGAGGCGGAGUCUCGCUCUGAUACAGCCAAGCCCAUAGAGAGAUCCAGCAGUACACUAAGCCUGGCAAUGGCCACAUCAAAUGUUGGGCAAGGAAUGGAGGACGUGAAGAAUAGAGUUACCAAAAUAUUCCAGACGCCCAUCUCCAGGCCUACCAACCUUCCCAAUCUGCAAAGUAUAAAUAAUAUCUUCCGUAAAAAGUAAUUCAUGGGUGAAAACCGAAGUUAGUGUUAUAACUGUUACUCAUGGUUCUGAUUUUACAACUUAUUGUUUUCUCUUAUCCAGACGAUACUGGUUUAGUGUAAAUCCUGUAACUGUCCUGGGUUGUGAUAGCCAAAGUUGGGACAUUUUAGUAUAACGACUUAUUUUAAUGUUUAUAAAGUGAAAGGUUGUUUAGUAUUGCACAUAGUUUUUUUACUACUUACGCAACGUGUGUGUCAGUUUAUUGUAACAUAUAUUCAGUUGUACUGAAAACAAUAAGUAUGAAUUCCCUACCGAUUUAGCCUUAUUUACUAUUCAACUGGUAUCCGUUUAGUUUUGAUGGUGGAGUUAACUGCUUUUUAGAACACCAAUAUCUUAAUUUAAACCUAUAAAUAGUUUGUGUGGUUCUGUUCGUCAAGGUUUCCAUUUUCACUGUCAUGCUAAAAUGGGCAGUAAAAGAUCGUCUUAAAAAGCCUUUCCAGGAGAAUUGGGUUUAUGAUGAAAUGAAGUCAAUGAUAUCUUUAGACAACUUUCUUCUGCAAGCUCUACCCUUUUUGUACUGUGCAAUAAGAGGACAUUUGCAGCAAAAAUACAUUUUUACCUUUCUUUGUGCUCUCAGAUCUGCUUUUAAACCCUCAGUUUUGGACCAUCAAGAAUGGUAAACUGGAAGUAUUGAGUGUAUCCAACUUGGCUAUAUUCUUGCCCAACUUUUCUUGUGUGCAAUAAUUGUUAUUUGCUGGAAUUUGGAAUGAUCCAGAAAAAGGACAUAGACCUGGCUAACUAAGUGGUUUCAAUUACUACUUUAAGUUUAUUAUCUGUCGGCUAACUGACUACACAUGAUCUGCUGGAAUUUAUCCUUUGCCUCUGCUCUUUACUUAUGCUUGGUGCGUUUGUUGCAAAAAAAAACAGGAUCUGCAACAGAAGACUUCCAUAUCCUUACCAAACCAGCAGCAGCACUUUUCUAAUUUAUCCUCCAACAGUGAAUUAAUGUCACUGCAGAGGUCAAAAAAUUUGCGGCCAGCUUCCACAGAGCUUGGUGUGCAUCGGACUAUGGGUGAAUUUAGGGAAACAACUGUGUUGAAGCCAAAUCAUGGGAGUAAUGGAUAAAAGCAUCUCGUACUAUAAUGGUGGGCAGAUGGUUUAGAAUCUUCCUCUGAACAAGACAUUACAAAACAAUAAUUUGGAUCAUUUCAUACAAUAUUUACAUGUUCUUAUUGUAUAAUUUACCUGAAAUCCUCCACUCUGUAUCAUAUUUAGAUUUGAAGCACUGGCAAAUGAAUACAAAUUUUCCAACAUUAAUUUUAUUAUUGCAAGGCCUUUCGGAAUCAAUGAUUCCACUAUGAGGCAUUUCUGAAGUUGCCUGAUAAUGGAAUCAUUGAUUCUAAGAAGCCUUGCAAUAAUAAAAUUAAUAUUGGAAAAUUUGUAUUCAUUACAAAUAGUUUUUUGUAGUGCUUCAUUUAAACUUUUUCCAAUGCUCCAAGGUUCUUCAUAUUUAGAUUUCUUAAAACUAAUAAUUUAAUUGUGUUGACAUGUUACCUAUACACUUAUACUAAAGACAAAGUCAGAUAAGAUAA